AUGCCCGGCGUAUCACCAGCGGCAGGCAACAAGGUCUCUCCCGUCGACCAAGGCGAUGGCUCCUCAGGUCCGGCCCCAACGCCCGAGAACCCAGGAGGGAUGCAUCCCGAGGGCUCAAGUCAAGGACAGGCACCCAGACAUUUCCAACCGCCGGUAGAUCCCUCCAAGCAGAACAUCGACUCUUCCUCUCGCGUUCGUGUGCCGGACGGCGUCGAAGCCCAAGGCUCAAGCGUACCUCAGCCGCCAACCAAUGACGCUGCGCAAGCCUUUGAGAAUCCAAUGGCGAUGCGCGAGCCCGUCGGAAAGCUGCUAGACGGCAUCGAGGCCAUGCUGCAAGCCAUUGGAACGGAGAUGCAAGCGUCUAACAGCGGCUCAAAUCAGCACCAUCUCAUCACGAAGCUAGAGUCCUGGAAAAAGGAGGCUCAGACAUGGUCUGGCGAUCGCUCAAGCAAAUUAUAUCUGCCUAUACCUGUGAAACGUCAGUGCGAGAUCAGCGAUCGCUCGGCGGAUCAGAUAGGCUGCAGUAGCUAUCCGGCUACAGCAGGGUCAGUGGUUCGCGGCAAGAGAUUCAAACGCAUGAACCCGGGCCGUUUCGCCGUGAUGCGCUGGCCGGGGGGCGAGAAGUAG